UUUUUUAUUUAUUAUAAAUAUCUCGAAGAAUAAGAAGACAACAGAAGAAGACGACAGAAAAAGACGACAGAAGAAGACGACAGAAGAAGACGACAGAAGAAAACGACAGAAGAAGAAGACAACAGAAGAAGAGAAAAAUGUCGAGAAUUUUCAUUCAAAAUCUGCCGAAAAAAAUAUCGGAAGCCGAUCUACGCAAACGGUUUGCCAUCAAAGGCCAGAUCAGUGAUUUGCGACUGAAUCCCGAUAAACGUCACGCUAUUAUCGGUUUUGUUGACCAACAGUCGGCUACCGAAGCUGUCGACUAUUUUAACAAGACUUAUAUAUUUACCAAUAAAAUUACGGUUAAGUUAAGCGAUGAACAACUGAUUACCGCCGAUGUAGUCGACGGACAACAGCAACUGAAGAAGAUUAAGAAGCAUAAGAAGGAUAAGAAACACCAGAAGAAAGACUUGAUUAGUGACGAUAAGGACGACGACGAAGACAACAACAACAGCAAAGAAAAAGAGACUAAAAGGUUACGCAAGAAGAAGAUACUGAACGAAGAGUUGGAUGAACUCAAACUGGAUCCGCAGUUCAAAGAGUUUUUGAAAUUACAGCGAAAUGUCGAUUCGGCAAAAGGCAAACACGUCUGGAGUAACGAUUUGGCCAUCGAUGACGAGGAGGUGGACAAUGUUGAUGGUGUUGUUGAGGACAAUGACAUCACCGAUAAGGGGGUGAAUCAGGAAGAGGAGGACGAGGAGGAGGAAGAAGAAGAUAAUAAUAAAUCUAAUGUCCGGCCGAAAGUAGAGCCCAAACAAGUUCACGAGUAUCAGUUAGUACUGAGAGGAUUGCCGUAUAAGAUCAAGAAGCGUCAGAUCAAAGAGUUUUGUAGUCCAGCGAAACCACUGAGUCUACGAAUGCCGCCAAAGAUGAAAGGUAUGGCCUAUUUGUCGUUCGGAUCGUUGGGUGAUAUGAAUCAAGUACUGGUCAAACAUCGAAGUUUUCUGGACGGCCAUCGAAUUGAGGUUAAAAACGAAAUGCGAAAAGUGAUGAAAACAACCGCCGGUGAAGACAACAACAACAACAACACCGACAAUAAAUCCGCGGCGGCGGCGGCGGACACGGCCUCGAAAAAGCAGCCAAAAUGGUUGACGGCAGUACCGGCUGACGAACCGGUCGGUGAAUCGGGUCGGAUAUUCGUACGCAACCUGUCCUAUACGUGCGAUGAAACCGAAUUGCGCGGACUGUUCGAAAAGUAUGGCCAGAUCGCCGAAUUUCAUCUACCAAUUGAUUCGUAUACUAAAAAACAAAAAGGUUUUGCAUUUGUUACGUAUAUGUUUCCCGAACACGCCGUCCGGGCAGUGGCCGAAUUGGAUAAGACUGAUUUUCGGGGGCGACUGUUGCAUCUGAUUGCUAGCAAACCGAAACCCGAAGAUUAUGUACCGCCGUAUGCAGUGGCGGACAAUGACAAGACAUCGUCGUUUAAGAAACAAAAACUAAAGGAUAGGAAAAGUCAGUCGCAAAGCUCGCAUCAGUGGAACAGUUUGUUUAUCAAUCAGAACGCUGUGGCCGAUAUUAUGGCCAAAAAAUUCAAAGUAAACAAAUCGGAUCUGUUAGCUGAUACCAAUACCCGGGACAGUAUUGCCGUACGUAUGGCAUUGGGUGAGACACAGAUUAUUAACGAUAUGAGACGUUUUCUGCUGGAAAACGGUGUCCAAUUGAAAGCGUUUAGUGGCACCGGUGAUGGCGGCGGCGAUACUACCGAUGGUCAACAACCACCACCGCAGCCGAGAAGUACUACUGUUAUUUUGGUCAAGAAUUUACCGGCCAGUACUGAGCCGCAAGAAAUCCGUGAAUUGUUUGCCAAAUCGGGACUCGUUCAUCGGGUAAUACUACCGCCCUAUGGUGUGACAGCUAUUGUCGAGAUGCAGGAGCCCAGCGAAGCCAAACAGGCAUUCAAACGGUUGGCCUAUACUAACUUCAAGCACUUCCCGUUGUAUCUGGAAUGGGCGCCCAGUAAUGUAUUCAAAGAUACCAACUCGACAGCCGCCGCCACCAGUAUUGACGAUGAGAUCAAAGAGCUGAUGGUUUUGGAAGGACGGGUCAAAUCUGGUGAAGAAGGAGAAGAUACUAAUGACACAAACAUUAAGACAACUUCGACAACAACUACGACCAGACAAACGAUGAAUACCAACGACAACAACAGCGACGAGUUGUUAGAUAUAGAGCCAGAAGAGGACACAACUAUAUUCGUCAAGAAUUUGAAUUUCGAUACAAUGGACGAAGUUUUUAGGGAUCACUUUCACCGAUGCGGCCAAAUCUAUAGCGCAAACAUACAGUACCGUAAAGAUCGGGACAGAGGACAGUUGUCGAUGGGCUACGGAUUCAUUCAAUUUGUUUACCAGAAAUCGGCACAAAAAGCGCUGAAAACGCUGCAAAAUUCCGUACUCGACGGUCACACUCUUGAGCUAAAGUUAUCCAACAGAACCACAUCAAAACAAAAAGAUUUAACCGGAAGAAUGUCUGAUGAAAGACAACAACGACGAGGAGGAGGAGGAGGACAACGACAGGCAAAACAAACGGGAACUAAGAUUUGCGUAAAGAAUAUACCAUUCGAGGCGACUGUCGAUGACGUGAAGAAGCUCUUCAGAGUUUUCGGUGAACUCAAAGCCGUUAGACUACCGAAAAAGUUAUCGCAAAUCGGUUCGUAUCGUGGCUUCGGUUUUGUCGACUUUGUAACCAAAACCGAUGCAAAGAGAGCUUUCGAUGCUUUAUGCCAUUCGACUCACUUAUAUGGACGACCACUGGUGCUGGAGUGGGCCCGUAGUACCACCGGUGAUGAUGAUGAUGACAACGUUGAUGAUGACAUGUAUGGCAAUGGGGGACGACCACGAAAUACAUCCUAUUUCCAUCAAAACGGUCCAUCUAAUAAACGGCUCAAGAAAUCGGAUAUUGUCAACGAUUUGCAAACAAAAACAUCGAUUCCCUAUAAUGACGAUUAAUAUACAUAUAUUUUUUUUUAUUUAUAUUAUUAUU